CUUGACAUCUGGAGAAACAUGAGAGAAACGAAGUCAGAGAGUGUGUAGCGAGACGCGGACAUGGAGGACGACCUGGUCUCUGAGGAUGAUAUCUUACUGUGGUCUGAAAAGGAUUUCCACGAUGCUGCAAAAAGGAACGACACCGGGAAAAUGCUGGAGCUGAUCCAGAGGGGGGUGAAUGUCAAAGCCAAGAACAAAUUGGAGCGUAAAGCGCUGCACUGGGCUGCAGGAGCUGGAAACGAACAAGCUCUCAGACUCCUGCUGGACCACGACCGAGAUGUCGAUGAGAGGGACACGUUUGGCAUGAAUGCUCUGCUUCUGGCUUCCUGGUUUGGUCACCUGAAGAUCCUGCAGCUCCUGGUGUCCUCUGGAGCCAAGCUGAGCUGUGAAAAUAAAGAUGGGCUGAGUAUGCUGCACUGUGCUGCUCAGAGAGGCCACAUCAGAGUCCUAGAGUUCAUCAUGGAGGACCUGGAAGACAUCUGUCUGGACAGAGUUGACAAGGCAGGAAAGACAGCCCUUCACCUAGCUGCUGAACAUGGACAGCUCCAAGCGGUGCACUUUCUCAUUGGACUGGGUUGCUCACAUACUUUGAAGGACAAGGAGGAGAACACAGCCAUGCAUCUUGCAGCAAAAGAAGGACAUACAGAGAUCCUGCAGAAGAUCGUGGAGACCGGCGUCGAUGUGGACGAGAGGAACGUAGAUGGCCUUACAGCUCUGCACAUGGCCGCUGAUGGAGGUCACUAUGAGUGUGUCAAGCUGCUGCUGGAUUCUGGCUGUAACGUCAACGCACAAACCAAUAGGAAUAUGAAUGCUCUGCAUUACGUGGCCCAGCAUGGCUUUGCUAGAGAGGCCAGCUUGCUGCUGGAGGCAGGGAUCAGCGUAGAUGCUGUAGAUGAUCAACACAUCACAGCGCUCCACUUAGCCGUGUUCAGCAACCACUCAGAGGUCGUUCGGCUGCUUAUAGAUACUGAGUGUGACCUGGAUGUUCCCGACCGUAGGCAGCAGACGGCGUUGCAUAUAGCAGCAGAGCAUGGCUGGCAGGACCUGGCUGAGAUGAUGCUCAUAUCUGGUGUUAACCUCAACCUGACAGACAAGCAGGGGAAAUCAUGUCUGGAGGUGGCAGCAAGAGGAAACCAUGUGAUUCUGGUUGACAUGAUCAUCAAAGCUGACCGCUUUUAUAAAUGGGAGAAGGAUCAAAUGGGCAGCAAGCAGGACUGUUGGCUGGGAAGACCUCUGAGCUUUAAACAGGACCACCAGCCAGAGACCCAGCACCUCCGCUCAGUCCUAUGGAGCCUGGCCACCAAGCAGCUCUGCCGUGGAGAGUGGAAGAUCCUGGCUCAGCACUGGGGCUUCAGCGAUGCUCAUGUACGAGCUAUAGAACAGCAGUGGACAGGUAUGAAGAGCUUCAAGGAGCAUGGCCAUCGCAUGCUGUUGAUCUGGCUUCACGGAGUGGUGACGGCGGGGGAGAACCCCAUCAAAGGUCUCUACGAGGGGCUGGUGGAAAUCUCCCGGACAGACUUGGCAGAGUGCAUCCGGCAGAAGGCAAACGCAGAAACCAGCCCCCCCAAAAUGUGCUCAGCUAUGUGAGAGAGGAACUGUGAUGGCAACCCAACCCAGAUCCAGGUUUUCGCUGCACAGAUCUUCAUAUAGCUCAGUGGUUCUCAAACGUUUUCUACCGUCCCCCCUUUGGAGGCAUAAACAUUCCCAGUCUGCACACAAAGAGCUUCCUCAGGGCUGCUUCAGUUUAAUAUUUCAGCACGUUGUUUUCAUGCCUCUCACGUAAACAAAGCACCCUCACCUCUGCAGGCCACUUUUUAUCUGUUUUAUUCAUGUCUCAUUUUAAAAAUUCUGCUAGCAGGGGCGUUGCUAGACAGAGGUUUACACAGGCCCCCCACUAUUCAGAUCACAAUCAAAAAGAUCUGCCAACUUUAUAAAAUGGGCAACAUUAUAUUCCAUCUACUUUUAUUUCCUAAGCCCAUGCUGCUUCCAAACCACUGCAGCUGAAAAUGAAACCCGAACCUCUUCUGGAUGGAGAUGUCAGAGGUUUCUCCAGGUAUCUGUUGGAGUUACUUCUCCAGCGUGGGGGACACGGCUCCCAGUGCUACAAUGACCACGUAGCCCUGCUCACUAUCUCCUCAAUCUCUAACUGUGAGAGCAGUUGUUUGCGGAUGUUGGAGCACUGAGCUACGAGUUGUUUUGAUGCCAGUGUAGAAUGUGGCUAUCAGAGUUUCCAUAUAUCCCACAUUCUCUUCGUGUAGUCCCGCUCACCAGGGUUACUAGAGUAGUAGCAUUCCAACAUCUCCUGUCCAGUGGCAUCUAUUUUGUUUUCCAGUAGAACAUUUCUUGCCAUAGUACCCUGGUUCCUCAAUACCUGACGCAGAGCCUGAUUGACUGGACGACGUCUGAGCCAGCAUGUCUCUGUUCGAUUGUACCCAUGAUGAGGUGGUUAGGCAGUAGUGUUUAUGGGUCCUAAGGACCCAACUAGAUGGAGUUAAUAUUUGCUGCAUUGUAAUAUGUCCCCUGUGGGACUCGAACUCAGGUCUCCUGCAUGGAAGACGGAUGCCCUGCCAACUGAGCACAAACACACAAGCCCAAUAAAGUUGUAAUUAAGAAGUUUGUUUUUUAUGGGGUUUUUUUUAUGAAAACCCCUUUGUCAGAUUCAUGAAUGUGUUUGUAUAGCGAGGAAUUGUGCAUAUCUUUCCUCUUAGAUUUGUGAAUGCCAUUCUCUCACAAGCCCUGCUUUGCAGGUAAACGCUAAAAAAUGCCCAUAAAAGGUCAAGAUUUCCAGGCCGUGUGUGAACAGAGGCUAGAACCAACAAGGAAAAAUAGCAUGUAAUAGUACAUCUCCUCUCUGUUGUUCCCCGGUGGUGGAACCAUCUACCAAACUCCGUCCGAUCCGCAGAGUCCUUAUCCACUUUUAAAAGCAAGCUAAAGACUCAGUUGUUUAAGGAGCAUUUCCACACUUAGCU